UCCUUCACCAUGAGCGCCCUACGUCUCUCCCUCCGCCGCUCCUCCUCCGCCCUCACCAGCGCGCCUCUACGCUUCGGUGCCGUCCAGACAAUCUCCUCUCCUCGCUUCUUCUCCGCGUCCGCCGCCAUGGCCUUCAACAAGAUCAAGGUCAAGAACCCCGUCGUCGAGCUCGACGGCGACGAGAUGACGCGCAUCAUCUGGCAGUCCAUCAAGGACAAGUUCAUCUUCCCCUACCUCGACAUGGACAUCAAGUACUACGACCUCGGCCUCGAGUACCGCGACCAGACCAACGACCAGGUCACCCUCGACGCCGCCGAGGCCAUCAAGAAGUACUCGGUGGGCAUCAAGUGCGCCACCAUCACCCCCGACGAGGCCCGCGUCGAGGAGUUCAAGCUCAAGAAGAUGUGGCUCUCCCCCAACGGCACCAUCCGCAACCACCUCGGCGGCACCGUCUUCCGCGAGCCCAUUGUCAUCCCCCGCAUUCCCCGCCUCGUCCCCGGCUGGGAGAAGCCCAUCAUCAUCGGCCGCCACGCCUUUGGCGACCAGUACCGCGCCAAGGACGCCGUCAUCCCCGGCCCCGGCAAGCUCUCCAUGGUCUUCACCCCCGAGGGCGGCAAGCCCGAGGAGGUCGAGGUCUUCAAGUUCAAGAACGGAGGCGGCGUCGCCCAGACCCAGUACAACACCGACGAGUCCAUCGCCGGCUUCGCCCACGCCUCCUUCAAGCUCGCCCUCGCCAAGGGCCUGCCUCUCUACAUGAGCACCAAGAACACCAUCCUCAAAAAGUACGACGGGCGUUUCAAGGACAUCUUCCAGGAGAUCUUUGAGGCCCAGUACAAGAAGGACUUUGACGCCAAGGGCAUCUGGUACGAGCACCGCCUGAUCGACGACAUGGUCGCCCAGAUGGUCAAGAGCAGUGGCGGCUACAUCAUGGCCCUGAAGAACUACGACGGUGAUGUCCAGUCCGAUAUUGUCGCCCAGGGCUUCGGCUCUCUCGGCCUCAUGACCUCCGUUCUCAUCACCCCCGACGGCAAGACGUUUGAGUCGGAAGCCGCCCACGGCACCGUCACCCGCCACUACCGCGAGCACCAAAAGGGCAACGAGACCUCCACCAACCCCAUCGCCUCCAUCUUCGCCUGGACCCGCGGUCUCUCCCAGCGCGGCGUCCUCGACGAGACCCCCGAGCUCGUCGCCUUUGCCGAGUCGCUCGAGCAGGCCUGCAUCGACACCGUUGAGAAGGACGGCAUCAUGACCAAGGACCUGGCCCUGGCGUGCGGCAAGAAGAGCCGCGAGGACUAUGUCACCACAAACGAGUACCUGAACGCCGUCGAGAGGCGGAUGAAGAACCUGCUCAAGGAGAAGCUGUAGACCCGGGCAAUUGCGUUAUGUUUGUAGCAAGCAUGCACACAGCAUUAUAGACAAGCAACAGGGGGGGCAAUGUAUAUAUGAUGGCACGAUUUUUCAGACCAAUUUCGGCGGUAGAUAUCUAUGCGUUUCUGCUCGAUACAAUGUCAAGUGCAAUGAUUCAUUUCCUUCUGUUCAUUCGGGAGAGAACACGCCUCCGUUUCCCGCGUAAUAUAACAAUGCCGCCCCUGAGCGCCAUCAAGCAAUAAGCCGUACAAGCCAAUCAAUUUCGUUGAUAGUGCGAAAUCACACUCAUACUCUGAUGUGAACGACUGACUGACAAGCAGCCAUUCUUCCUGUACCGUAAAACAAUGUGUGAUCACUCCU